AUGGCUGAGGCUGUGCGUGAAAUGGCAACUGCUACUACGCGAGCAGUUGACCGUUUAGGGGAGAGGAACGGAGAUCGUAACGGAGGACGCAAUGGUGAGCGUGGUGGAGAUGGUAAUGAUAAUGAAGGUGCCGGAAACCACGAUAACCCUAUGACACUGGCGACCUUUCUGAAGGUAAAUCCGCCCAAGUUUAAGGGGAUGCUUGCUGCAACUGAAGCUGACAAUUGGUUCCGUGGUAUUGAGAAGUCAUUGCGAGCGCAACAUGUACUAGAAAGACAGUACGUGGAAUUUGCAACCUAUAUGCUGGAGGGAGAAGCUGAACACUGGUGGCAUGGAGUGCAACGCUUGUUAAGGCAGGUGGUGGAAGAGAUUGACUGGGAUACUUUUAAGGAGGAAUUUUACAAAAAGUACUUCCCUAGAACUGUUCGUGAUGCUAAAGAAAUGGAACUGCUGCAGUUGACGCAGGGGAAUAGGUCAGUAGCAGAAUAUACUCAGAAAUUUGAGGAUUUGUGCCGAUUCUCCAAGAUCUGUCAGGGAAAACCAGAUGAUUUUGAGGAAUGGAAGUGUUUGAAGUACGAAGGAGGACUCUGCGAAGAACUAAUGCACUCGUUGGUACCACUGCAAAUACGAAAUUUUGCAGAGCUUGUCAAUAGGAGUCAGUUGGUGGAAGACUGUACCAAGAAGGUGGCGGCAGCAAAGAUGAGUCAUCAAGAAUUACCUCCGAAAAAUUUUAAUCGGUAUAUAGCCCCUCAGGGAAGGAACUUUAAAAUGAAUAGGACGCUUUCUUAUGGGAAUCAACAAGUUAGUAAUCUUCCUGCUCGUGACAAUAUCGAUAGGUAA